CCUCUAGUCCACACAGUACAGCCCACUGUAGAAUCCCAGCCCAAACCUCUAGUCCACACAGUACAGCCCACUGUAGAAUCCCAGCCCAAACCUCUAGUCCACACAGUACAGCCCACUGUAGAAUCCCAUCCCAGGCCUCUAGUCCACACAGUACAGCCCACUCCCAAACCUCUAGUCCACACAGUACAGCCCACUGUAGAAUCCGAACCCAAACCUCUAGUCCGCACAGUACAGCCCACUGUAGAAUCCCAGCCCUAA